UCGCGUACGGAGCUGAUUUCUAGGAUUGUCCAGCUCAUCGCAUCGAAGAAGUGCUAACCGCGAUUUUGGAGAUUCAGCGCUAAUUUGUUUGCACGCGCGCGCGUCUCGAGUGAGAGUUUUUGUUGUUUUCUGCCAAAAUGCCGAGUGAAGUGUUGGCUCCCUGUCUGGACAAGGCUCCCAAAAAGUACGAUGACAAUAUGCCCGAAUUGGACGAUUUCUUCAAAAAUCUUGCAACGAAAUACCUCCGCGAAGACGACAACAUACGCGAACAAUCGUUGAAGCAAUUCCGGGACUGGAUCGCCAAGCAUCCUCACAUCAAAAAAGUCCGCACAGAUGCACCGUUUCUGCUUCGAUUUCUGAGAACCAAAAAAUACAAUUUUAUCAAUUCGUCAAAAAUGCUGGAACGAUUUUUGGCGGCUCGCGUUCUGCACAAGAAAUGGUUCAGUCGGCUGGAUGUCGACGAACCGGAACUGGGUGCUCUGGUCGAUUCCGGCUAUCUGUUUCCACUGGCCGAACGGGACAGCAAGGGGCGCACGUUAAUGUUCAGCGAAGCAUCCGGUGUUGAUCCGGCCAAGUUCACGGGAGCCCACGCCUGCAGAAUUCAUAUGCUGGCGGCCGAGGUGUUACAUGAUGUUAAUGAAGUUCAGUGUGCAGGUUUUGUGCUUAUUUAUGACUUCUCAAAGAUCACACUCGCCCACUUGAAUAUUGUGUCCUUCAAUGAAAUACGUAUGCUGACGAGAGUGCUAAACAACGCAACGCCGAUGCGUACUCAGGAGGUGCACUUUGUCAAUACGCCGCCAGCAGCACUGACGGUGGCCAAUUUUGCUCUUCAGUUGGCCAACGAAAAGCUGCGGAAUCGAGUGUUUUGCCAUCGCAACUGGGAAGAGCUCUACACCAGGGUGGACAAGAAUCUGCUGCCAAAGGAGUACGGUGGUAAGAUUCCGCAAGCGGAGUUGAUUGAAAACUACAAGCAGCUCUGUCGGCAGUUGCGCCCGAAGCUGUUGGCUCACGACGAAAUGGACAUGGACGUUGCUGAGGGGUCGGAAUACUGGAAGGAAUCCACCAACUCCGAGCUGGAGAGCGGAGCGAUCGGUACGUUCCGGAAGCUGCAGGUGGAUUGAGCUGUGUUUGGUGCAUUUAUAGUUAGGUGUAUGUGUGUGCGUUAAAUGGUUUUAUUUGGUUUAUUUUCAAAUAAAUAUAAAGGCUAUUCAUGAUUAUAUUCCGUUGAGGAUGAAGUUUA